AUGUCAAAACAGCCGGGAUAUCAGAACGCGGCCUACAAGCUCUUCGAUUCUGGGUUCGCCUCGCUCAUGCAGCUUAAGAGAGGUCCUCUCAGUAAAUGGCCGGCAGAGGACCGUAAAGCCUUGUAUGAUUCCUUUCGCUCUUCAUUUGACAGCCUGCAAGAUGAAUUGGAAGAUGCAGAGAAUAAUGGAAAACAAGUGUUACUCAAAGAACAUGCUAUAUUUCUGUCAGGGCCAGACAAGCUCUUCGCUCACAUCUACGGCAACGAUGAGACGGAAUGUCCUGCACUGUACGAGCGCGACGCGCCCGACUCCACCAUCACGAAUCCGACAAGUGUACCUGACAGCCUGCUUCUAUCCUUGAGACCUAUAUUCCAGAUCAGGCAUCCCAUUCUAAUGUUUCCAUCAGCACUGCGCGCUGAAAGAAAGACGCUGGGUCCCGUACGUCCUCGCGACCCUUUGCUCGCAUCAACAAUGACGUUGGCUCGUUCUCGAGCCUUGUAUGACUGGUACCUCAACCAUGGCGGGGACAAUGUACGCCCACAGGUCAUUGACGCAGACGAUAUCAUCAAUGACAGAGCCGCAGUAAGGCAGCUCUGCAUCAAGACUGGGCUGGACCCUGAUGCUGUGCUGUACGAAUGGGAAACACGUGAAGAGAAGGAUCCAAUGAAGGCGGUGUUCUUGUCAACGAUUACUGGAUCAAAGGGUAUCAUACCUGGCCUAGCAGCACGCGGCCUUGACCUUGAGGAGGAGAAGGCAAAGUGGAAGGCCGAAUUUGGUGAUGAAGAUGGGGAGGAUUUGGCAAAAUACGUUCUUGAUGCGAUGCCAGAUUACAACUAUCUCUUAGGUCAGCGGACCUACGUUCAGAAAGCUGUCGGUCAGGAAUAA